AUGGAGGGAAAGGAUGGGAUUAGAAGGUCCUCUGAGGCGACGAAGAUGGAGUCGUUUGAGAGCGUGUCGAAGUACGGGAGAGCGUUGUUGGCGACGCCGUGGAGGCUAGCGGAUCGGGUGACGGUUCGAUCCAUGGACGAGGUGGAGUUGGUGGAAGUGAAGAAGCAGAGCCAGCACGAGAUGAAGAAGACGCUGACGUGGUGGGACCUCAUAUGGUUCGGAAUGGGCAGCGUCAUAGGUUCCGGUAUCUUCGUCCUCACCGGCUUUGAGGUCAGGAACCACGUUGGACCCGCCGUCGUUUUGUCCUAUGUUAUCUCCGGCUUCUCUGCCAUGCUCUCUGUCUUCUGCUACACCGAAUUCGCCGUUGAAAUUCCCGUCGCUGGUGGUUCGUUUGCGUACUUGAGAGUGGAGCUUGGCGAUUUCGUGGCGUACAUAGCAUCCGGCAACAUCAUUCUCGAGUACGUGGUGGGCGGCGCCGCCGUGGCACGUUCCUGGACCUCCUACUUCGCCACUCUCUGCAACCAAGACUCCGACAAGUUUCUCAUCCAGGCCCACCACCUCCCCCCCGACUACAGCCACCUCGACCCCAUCGCCGUCCUCGUCCUCUUCCUCAUCGGCCUCUUCGCCGUCUUCAGCAUCAAGGGCUCCUCCCGCUUCAACUACCUCGCCUCCAUCAUCCACGUCCUCGUCCUCCUCUUCAUCAUCGUCGCGGGCCUUACCAAAGCCCGCUCCGCUAACUACUCCCUCUUUCUCCCCUUCGGCUCGCGCGGCAUCUUCCAAGCCGCGGCGGUGUUGUUCUUCGCGUACGUGGGGUUCGACGCGGUUUCCACGAUGGCGGAGGAGACGAAGAACCCGGGCAGGGACAUUCCGGUGGGGCUCAUAGGGUCGAUGACGUGCACGACAUUUCUGUACUGCAUGCUGUCGGUGACCCUUUGUUUAAUGCAGAGGUUUUCGGAGGUUGAUGAGAAUGCUGCGUUCUCAGUGGCGUUUGAAGCGGUGGGGAUGAGUUGGGCAAAGUACAUUGUUGCGUUUGGGGCGUUGAAAGGAAUGACGAGUGUUCUUCUUGUUGGCGCUGUGGGACAAGCCAGGUAUCUCACGCAUAUUGCAAGAACACACUUGGUGCCUCCAUGGCUUGCCAAGGUAAAUGAGAGAACCGGGACACCCAUCAAUGCGACGGUUGUGAUGCUUGGGGCCACUGCUAUUGUUGCAUUCUUCACAAGCCUUGAAGUUCUUGCUAACCUUCUUUCAAUCUCCACUCUCUUCUUGUUCUCCCUAGUGGCGCUGGCCUUGUUGGUUCGCCGCUACUGUACAAGAGGGGUGGCUACACAGGCCAACAUUGCGAAAUUCAUUGUGUGCAUUGUUCUCAUAUUGGGUUCUUCUGUUGCCUCUGCGAUUUACUGGGCCAACACCACAAAAUGGGUUGGUUACACCAUCAUGGUGCCUCUUUGGCUUGUGGGAACAGUGGGGAUUUGGCUUUUGGUUCCGAUGGCGAAGAAGCCAAAGGUUUGGGGUGUGCCACUGGUGCCAUUCUUGCCAUCAGCUUCCAUUGGCAUCAAUGUUUUUCUUCUUGGUUCGUUGGAUAAGGCUUCGUUUAGAAGAUUUGGAAUUUGGACUGCGAUUUUGUUGGUGUAUUACCUCUUUGUGGGAUUGCAUGCGUCUUAUGACAUGUCGCAGAUACAGAAGAUGGAGAAACUAGAGAGCAUGACCGAGUCAAAGUUGGAUGAAGAAAAUGUUGUUCCAUCAUCCGUGAUAGAGUCUGGUACAAAAAAUGAAAGCAUAAGAGUUUGA